CAAGCUGCGAAGGAUGUGGUGUUUGGGCUUGUCGCGUAAUUAAAUAGGUGGGCCUUAUUGUGCCGAAAUCAAAAAGAACCGCAUUCCCCCCCCCCCAGAUAGAGACAAGGAAGCACCAACAACCAUGUUCGCCUCAAACACGACACUCUGUCUAGUGACAGCACUGCUCUCCCUGCCGCUGCACUCAUUAGCAUACUCACAAAAAGACCGCGACUGCAACGGCGCCAUCUGCCUGACAUCAUUCGUAUGGUGCCUGGACGGAGGCUGCGAGUACGGGGAUGACGUCUGGCCGCUCUUCCCCGAAACGGACCGGACGCGCGGGUACGCCUUCAUCCGCGCCGACGUGGACUACAACAUCACCUGGAAGCACGCCGACAGCGGCUACCCCGUCAUGGUGAGCUGGUCGUUCCCAGCCAAGAACUCCUCGACCGACGUCCCGGCGCAGUGGAGCAUUAACACGACCGACUCCCGCAUCGUCUUCAACCCCCUCAAAAUAAUGCAGAGCUUCCCCAUCCCGCAGUCCCCCGACACGACCCCGCUGGAGGCGCAAUCCCUCGCGGCGCGGAUGGCCAACGUGAUCUCCAUCUCGCAGCCGGACAGGCCCGGCGAGUUCUGGGGCGACGCGACGCAGCAGUUCUCGGUCCAGAACGACUGGUUCUACCGCGCCGUCGACACGGAGGGAGAACUCGCGAGGAGGGCCGAGCACGGCCGCUGGGCGAAGGGGGUGGGCGUCGGGGUUGGCGUCGGGGUUCCCUGCUUGUUGGCCGGGACGGCGCUUGUGAGCUGGAGGUUGGGGAGCUUGAGGGGCGGGAGAAGGGCUGUGGCGAAGGUGUGAUAAAAUGCUGCUGGGCGGCCCAUUGAUCCCGUUGUCUUUGGUGGUCCUUGUGGGACUUGCAGGCACCGGGGGAGGGGGGACAGGUCGGGUUUCAGGCUGGCCGAAAAUGUCGAGCCACACACCAGCGAGGGCAACGGAGACCCCGUCCUAGUCGGGGCUAUUCCUGGCUUCCGAGCUGCUGCCCCGACCACUCAGACAAAUGCCAAAGCCACCAAUGCCGAGCUAUUAACUCGGAGCCACGGUGCCGCCAUAGAUGAAGAAGUUUGGUUGACCGUUGGAAAUUGUAUGUACAGUACAUGACACUAGGUAUUUUGUUGAAUUACUCGAAGUGCUUCUUUAGUA